UGACGCAUUUCCCGCUGCUGUGUAGGUCUCUCUCUGUGAUCGCUGGUGGACUCUUAAAAGGCAGCUCCGUCACUUCGAUAAAAAACGACAUUUUUAAUCACGGACACCGACUCUUCGUCAUCUUUUUUAACACUAACGACUCGUGACGACUGUUAGACACGUCACUACGCAUCGUCAGUUAAAAAAAACAAACGUGCUAACGUUACCUCCGCCGUUGCUAGCCGCCAUUCUGUCUCUCGAAGAAAGAGUCGAUUAAUCGUCGUCGCAAACAUGGAUCAAACAGGAAUCACGACAGCAACACCGAAGAGUCCGUGGGGGUCAUUGACCGUGGACGCUCCUGCUUGUUCUCUGACCGACGUGAUGAGUGAACAAUUGGCCAAACAGCUGGACGACGAAAACGAGUUCCCUGAUCUCACUGAAUCAGUGUCUGACCUGCUGCUGUCAGACGAGACCGGUGCUGACACGACCAGCGACCUGAUGCUCGCUCAGAUGUUGCAGAUGCAGUUUGAUCGUGAGUUUGACGACCAGCUGCGUCGCGAAGAGAAGAAGUUCAACGGAGACAGCAAAGUGUCCAUCUCCUUUGAGAACUACAGGAAAGUCCACCCUUACGACAGCGACAGCUCCGAGGACGAGGUGGACUGGCAGGACACCAGACACGACCCCUACAGGGCAGACAAGCCUCAGACGACGCCUCGUAAAGGUUUCACAGGAAAAGGCAAGAACAUCACGACUAAACACGACGAGGUGACCUGCGGUCGCAAGAAUGCAGCACGUAUGGACAACUUUGCUCCUGAAGUCCUCGUGGGUGACGGUUUGGGGAUGGACCUGAAGUUGCCCAAUCAGGUGUUUAACUCUCUGAAGCAGCACUGCUUCAGCGAGCAGCGCCGCAGCGCCAGGCUGCACGAGAAGAAGGAGCACUCCACUGCCGAACAAGCGGUGGACCCUCGCACUCGUCUGCUCAUGUAUAAGAUGGUGAACGCUGGCGUCCUGGAGAACAUCAACGGCUGCAUCAGCACUGGGAAAGAGUCGGUCGUCUUCCACGCUGAUGGCGGCAGUCUGGAGGAGGGGGAGGAGCCUGUUCCCGACGAGGUUGUCCUGAAGGUUUUCAAAACGACGCUCAACGACUUCAAGAACAGAGAUCGUUACAUCAAAGACGAUUAUCGCUUCAUCGACCGAUUCAGUAAACUCAACCCACGCAAGGUCAUCAGGCUGUGGGCAGAGAAAGAGAUGCACAACCUGACCAGGAUGAAGAAGGCGGAGAUUCCGUGUCCUCAGGUGGUUUUGUUGAAGAAACACAUUCUGGUGAUGUCGUUCAUCGGUAAAGACCACGUCCCUGCUCCUAAACUCAAAGACAUCAAAUUGAGUUCUGACGACAUGAAGAGGGCGUAUUUCCAGGUUCUGCACAUGAUGCAGCAGAUGUAUCAGGAGUGUAACCUGGUUCAUGCUGAUCUCAGUGAAUACAACAUGCUGUGGCACGAGGGCAAAGUGUGGUUCAUAGAUGUGAGUCAGUCAGUUGAACCCACUCACCCUCACGGCCUGGAGUUCCUCUUCAGAGACUGCAGGAAUGUUUCCACGUUCUUCCAGAAGAGAGGAGUGAGUGACGCGAUGAACGUAUACGAUCUUUUCAACGCCGUCACUGGACUCAACAUUUCUGUGGCUGAUGAAGACGAGGCGGAGUUUAUAGCUGAGAUCGUGGCGUUGGAGAAGAGGAACGAGGAUCACAUCCAGAGACGAGGGAAGAAAACGUUCCCGGUGUUGUCAGAAGAAAACGACCCACCUUUAAAACCCGGCGCAGCCGACUAACGCCGUCCACCAACACUGCAUCUUCACGAUCCCGCCGUGUUUGAAGAAGAAAUGAACGGAGGAGGAGCCUGUGCCAUGCUCCCAGAGGAGGGGGCAGAGUGCCUCCUCCUGGCUGCAGGAGGAAUGAUUUGACUCAGUGGGGAGCGCCCGGGCAGCGGAGCGCCUCCUGCUGGAGCUGAGUCUCCUUUAUCUGUGCUAAUAUUGUCCCGUACUGUUUUUGUUGACGGUACGUGUUUUUAAUGAUCAGUAAAAAAAGUUGUUUUCCGAUGAUUUUUCAGCAGAAAACAAACGUGAACAGUGAUUAUUAUGCGUGUUUAAACAUAGCUUCGGUGAUGUAAACAUGGAUCACGUGACCUGGAGUGAAAAUUAAAUGAACUCAGUGAAACUAAAAA